CAUUGUACUGUUAUUUUGAAUGUGACUUCUCUGAUAAGUACUACAAAAUUAUGACAUGUACUAUAAUAUUGCAUGUGACUUCUCUGAUAAAAUUGCAUGUUACUCGUACUUAUGGUUUUUAUGAAAAUUAUCAUCAAUUUAUGACAUAUUUAUUCACAUUUUAUUUCACAGAUAUGACGGGCAGACAAAAUUAUCGUGAUUACACGAGUCCGGGCCCUCUUGACCAGUCUUUAUUGACACAACAGCAGUCUCAUAGAUCACAGUCGGUUUGGAAUGAGGAGAUUGAAAAUGAGCCACUACUUUGUAGGCGAUCUGCGAGUGUUUUGAAGCAGGAUUUUCACCCCCGUAUUGAAGCCUAUCUCAGAAUUUCUGGAUUCUAUGGUGCUGUCAGAUUAGGCUACUUUUCACUGGAUCAUCAUUUAAUUACAUCACUGGUUGAGAGAUGGCGUCCUGAAACACACACAUUUAUGAUGCCAGUGGGAGAGUGUACAAUUACUCUCCAGGACAUCGGUGUUAUUUCCGGCCUACCUAUUGAUGGAGAUGCUGUUGUAGGUAAUUCUAUUAUCAAUUGGAUGAUGUAUUGUCAAGAUACUUUAGGACUCGUACCUCCCGCUAAUAUUAUGCAGGGUAGCUCGUUGCCAUUAAGUUGGUUAGUCGAAAAUUUUAAUGAGCUACCAGAUGAUGCUGAUGAAGAAGUGGUCCAGAGAUAUGCACGUGCUUACAUUCUACGGGUCAUUGGGGGUUCCUUAUUUACUGAUAGGAAUCCUAGUCGGGUGAACCUAAUGUUUCUGCCUCUUAUUGCUAAUUUACAUAGAGCAUGCAUGUAUAGUUGGGGUUCAGCUUGUCUUGCCUGGUUAUAUCGAGAACUUUGUCGGGCCACUGAUCCGAGCGUGUCUCAAUUAGGUGGAGCUCUACAUAUCCUGCAGAUAUGGGCAUGGGAACGAUUUAUUUCAAUAUCACCAUCUAUAAAUAUACGAGACCCACAAAAUGAUGCUCCACUGGGAAGUCGGUGGAGUAAUGCACGACGUAUCACUCAAGUCGUAACACAUAUCUUGAUAGAAAUACGCUAUAAAUUUGACAGAAUGGGUGACCCAGAGAUGGUAUGGGAGCCAUAUUCCGAUGAACUCCUUGCAUCAUUACCAUUAUAUUGCACGCAAGGACGUGACAUUUGGAGAGCAAUGGUUCCCUUGAUAUGCUUUCACGUGGUAGAAUGGCAUCAACCUGAUAGAGUGUUGCGCCAGUUCGGGAUGCAACAACCAAUACCACAUCCACCACGCCAGCCAGCUGAUCUUCAUAACACAUCUCUAUUAUCAUCCGACAGUAAUUGGAUUACAAUUCAUGCACAUUGGAUUGCCAUUUGGGAAGAUAGAUGGCAAAGGUUGGUUGAAGCAGCACCAUUACAUGGGCCACUACAUUAUCAUUCAGAGUACCUCGAAUGGUAUAGACGAGUUUCUCGUCGAUGGAUAUCGCAUCGUGGUGCAGCUAUUGGCACUGUGGAGGAUGGUAUCGAGAAUAUACAUUUAAUUAAUCGACAAUUUCCUAAUCCGGGCACAGAUCUUAUUGAAAGACAAACAACAGCAAUGUUCUAUGCCAUGGAAGAAGAGAAACGAAUAAUAGAGAUACCUCCACCACAGCCAGCACCUCGGGCGCAACCUAUGCCAGAUGACCCUGAAGAGCCUGUUGACCCACCGAGGAGGCCGAGGCGUAGACGUAGCUCUCGCCAACAAGCUGAUCCUGAUGUACAUACCACUGUCCCGGCAAAUGUCAUCAUUCCGGCACCCGUUUCAUUCCACACUCAUCGAUCAUUUGGUGAGGUUGGACAGUCUUCAGCAGGACCUAGUGUUCCACAAGAAGGUGGAUCACAAUAUACUACGUUGACACAUGGUAGUUAUAUGCCACCACCUCAUAUAACCCCAACACAGUGGUCCUUCCAGCAGGUUGGUAUUCAAGAUAAUCCAUUUCAGAUGCAGACCCCGAUAGGUAGUACUUUUGAUGCUUUUGCACGACAUAGUAGAUCCAUUAAUGCAUUUUCGGCUAGGCAUUCUAUGGAUAUUCCUUCAUCUAGUCUAGGCACACAACCAUUCUCUGGCAAUUUUGUACAGUACACAUCGGGGCAGCAGUACUCCACUUUUGCAUCUGAUGAUAUCUAUUUACCAUCGCAUUAUACUGCAACACGAGAUCCGAGCUCGGUAGCUCCUGAUCUUAAUAUUAAUCCUGCUGCUGCUGAAGGUGAGGGUACAAGUAGUGACCGUCGGCCAUAUAGAACUCGACGUCCACAUGAACGAAGGGGACGUCCAUGUGGCACGGGAGGACAUUUGGGACAUCAUUAGCAUUAUUUUUUUUAUUUUAUCAUUUAUAAUUAUAUUGUUCUA